AUGUAUGAGGUGGUAGUGUUAUGGCGCCUUGCAGCCCUGAACCCUGCUUUGGCACCGCACGAACGCGACACACUGCACGAACAGUUUGCUCAAUGGCAUAUGAAAGUUUUAGACAAGGUGGCAAAAAAUCGUAACAACCACAUGGGUACCUCUUCUCAUCCGAGGCAUUCAAGAGCCCACACGCACUCGCCCUACAUUCAUGGCAUCAGUGAAAAUGAAGUUUUCCCUGGUUUCCACCCAGCGAUGGAGGCUUGCUUCCUUGAAUGGGACGACUACCAAAUACCAGGAGUAACUUAUACUAAGGACCUGAAUCCGCUUUAUCACAGUCCAUUCACUAUAUUCCGCCAUGCAGACAAACAAAACGAAAGUGUUCAUCAGGUGAACUCUUCAAAAGCGGUAUUGAAUAAUGAAAUGUCUCUCAGCUAUCGUCUGACAAAUCACGACCCGUCAAUACAAGGACAUCGCACUUUAGUACAUCGGAACAGUCGCAUAAGUGUUGACUUGGCUAUUCCUGGACCUUCUAACCAGGCGUCUGGUUCUGGAGAAGGUCCUAGUGAUCCACCACGUGACUCUGGACCUAGUGAUGGGAAUCACUCUAGUGUUUCGUCUGAAGGUUUCUGCGAGAAUGAAGAGGAGAUUCUGCAACAGAGUGGUGCCGACACAGAUUCGCAGGAGUCGAGUUCGCCACCGACGUCUUCUGACGCGGACGAAGCGCGCCGUCGCGUUUCUAACGACGACUCGGUGUCCGAUGACGAGUGCCAGCUGUACUACUACGACGUGGCGGCUGCACGUCGCGUCGCCAGCGAGGGAGCCGGCACCAGCGCGCCGACGCUCCCCGCGGUAGGGGCAGGCGUGAGCGUGGGCUGGGGCUGCGGCUGGGAGGUGUCGUUCGCGCGCGCCGAGGGGCUACAGGCGCACGGGCAUGCGCGUGAAGCCUGCGCGCUAGGUGCCAGUCUGGCUCGCGACCUGCUAGCACGCCCUCCCGCCCUCGGGUCUGCGGGCACGGGCGCGAGCGCGGGCACGUGCAGCGCGGCGGCGGCGGCAGCGGCGGAGCGGCGCGCGCGGCGGCGGAACGUGCCCUCGCCGCGCCUGUGCGCCGCCAGCCACCGCCUCUCCUGCCUCGCCUCCGCCACGCUCGCCAAGUGCGCCUUCCUCUGCACGGUCUUAGCAGAAUUCAGCGAGCAUCACGAACUGGCUUUUCGAGUGGGUCUUUACGCUUUAGAAAUGGCACGACCUCCAGCCAGCACCAAAGCCUUGGAAGUGAAAUUGAAUAAUCAAGAGACUGAAUUAGUGGCACUAUUGAAGAAACUUCCCACUGGUGCCGAGCAACUUGCUCUAGCUCGUGAAAAGGCGGAACAGCUACGUGAUGGUACUUUAAGAAAUCGGGGGCCUGCACUGUUACCUAUAGCACUUGCAAGCUUCUUAUUUGAUGUCCUCGUUCUAUCUGCUACCGAUAAAGAAAAUAAGCACCCAGCUAGGUUGCCAAGCGAUGAAGCAUUGGGUUUCGAAGCUGCAGUGGCCGCUUUAGGGCUGAAGGCGAAUGUAUCAGAAGCCGAACAUCCAUUGCUAUGCGAAGGCACGAGACGACAGCGCGGCGAGUUAGCUCUCACCUUGCUAUCUUUCUAUAAAGACGACCCUGUUAAGUUGGCGAGAAUUAUGAACAAAUUAUUGGAUCGUGAUAUCCAUCAGUUGACUAAAGGUCCUAUGGUGAGCAUGUACUACACCAACAACCCGCGCCUCAGCAGCUACCGCUCGGACGCGGGCAACGCGCAGCACUACGGAGCGCACGUGUCGCACGCAACACAUGCAGCACACGCCGUUCACGCAGCACACGCAGCACACGCGGCCCACGCUGCACACGCAGCCCAUCCAGCGCACGUGACGCACGUGACGCACUCAGUGCAUCCGAAUCACGCUGCGCACGUAACACACGGCGCACACGUUACGCAUCCUACACAUGUGGUCAACGCAAACCACGUCGCUCAUAACGCCCACCCCGCCCAUGUGCCCCAUACCGUGCAUCCACCACCAACGCUACAGACGCCGGUAUCGUGUCCGCUAGUAACGGACAUGGAGCGGUUAGCGGUCGCGGAGGCGGGGCCGUCACCGCCCGCGUUGCAGCAGCACUCUGCAGCGCAGCAUCCGCAGCAUUUGCAGCAUACGCAACUGACGCAGCACUCGCAACACUCCCAGCACUCGCAACUUCCGCAGCAUUCGCAACAUGCGCAACAUUCGCAGCACACAACGCACACACAACUUGCGCAGCAUCCGUCGCUAACCAGACCUAAAGACUCCAGAUAUAAAGGAAAACGUCUCUACCCAUCUGUACCGAAUCAGCCUUCUGAAGCUUCCGCACACUUCAUGUUCGAGCUUGCUAAAUCUGUGCUGUUCAAAGCCGGUGGAACCUCUAGUACCAGUUUAUUCACACAGACAUCAUGCGCAAGGGAACAUCAUGGACCACAUAGGGGUUUACACAUGGCUGCUUUUCAAUUAGGCCUCUAUGCGCUCGGCUUACAUAAUUGUGUCAGCGCGAAUUGGUUGAGUAGAACGUAUUCUUCACAUGUCAGCUGGAUCACUGGUCAAGCUAUGGAUAUCGGUGCCCCCGCUAUUCUGUUUUUAAUCGAUGCAUGGGAAGGCCAUUUAACGCCGCCGGAAGCAGCGGGAAUUGCUGAUAAGGCGUCGUCGGGGCGGGACGUGCACAUCGUGCGUGCGGCGGCCGAGCUGGCGCUGUCGGUGCUGCCGCACGCGCACGCUCUCAACUACAACGAGAUCCAGCGCGCCGUGCUGCAGUGCAAGGAGCAGAGCGACGCCAUGCUCGAGCGAGCCUGCCUCACCGUCGAGGCAGCCGCCAAGGGCGGCGGCGUGUACCCCGAGGUGCUGUACACGGUGGCGCGCUACUGGCACGAGCUGUACCUGCGGCAGGGGCAGGGCGAGGAGGAGGCGUGCGAGGAGGCAGCGCGCGCGCAGCCGCUGACGCUAUCCGUGCCCGCCGUGCCGGCCGUGCCCGCCGUACCCGCAGUGCCCGCAGUGCCCGCAGUGCCCGCAGUGCCGCUGGCGCUGCCCUACCCUUUCACCUACCACCCCUAUCCGCCGCAUAUCUACCAGCUGCAGUAUGGAGGUGCGCCGGGCGGGCAUCCGGGGCCGCAGUACGCGCUGCCGCCGUACUUCGUGCGCGGGCUGGUGGCGCCGCCGCACGCGCACGCGCCACUGCCGCAGCACAUGGCGCACCCCACGCACGCCGCGCACCCGACGCAUACGCCACAUCCAACGCACCAGCCGCAUCCGGUGCACCAGCCGCAUCCAGCCCAUCCUGCACACCAACCGCAUGCGACGCACGCGACACAUCCGCCGCUCCCGACACAUGCCACGCCUAUAGCGGUUAAUCACCCAGCGCCAAUCCCCCCUCCAAUGCCAACAACCCAUAGCGCGGUAACGGGAGUGGGUACGAUACCUACAGUAGGUACUGUUAACAAUGUCAGUGGCGUGGGCAGCGUGAGCUGUGUGAGCAACGUGGGAAACGUGAAAGUUAGCAGCCUCCCCCCUCCCACGCCGGGGCCUCCACCUCUACCGCAGGCGCAGCUGAGGCGUCUGCUUGCCGCGUACAGAGUUGGCAUGUUGGCUUUAGAAACACAAGCGAGGCGAGUGCACGAUGACCGACCGCAGAAUAAGUUUGGCAGGAACCCGCCGUACGGCGAGCACGUGAAGUGGCUGCUGCGCGUGGCCAAGCGGCUGGGUGCGCAGUACUUGCACCAGUUCUGCGUGUGCGCGGUGAACUCGGUGGUGUCGCCGUUCGUGCUGUACGAGCUGUGCGUGGAGUCGGCGCACUGGCUGGCACGCGGCGGCCCGCACCACCUCGUCAUGCAGCACCUGCGCGGCACGCUGGCGCCGCUCGUGCAGAAGUGCCAGCAGAUGUAUAUCCAAUGCAUACAUCAAAAGUUAUAUCAUUUGACGACGGUGGAAUACGAAGAGUUUGUGGGCAUCGUACUUUCAGCUCGCACAGCCUUCCAGUUGACACCAGAAGGCAAUACACAGUUCAAAGAGUGGCUCGCUUCAUUGCGCAGAUCGAAGUCAUGCAAGAAAGACUUAUGGACACAACUGAAUGCCGCGCUUCAGACGAACGGCAAAUGA